CAGAGGAAAUGUGCAAGUCUGCAGCAGCAGGAGAGAUGAAGUGAUUCACGGUACGGAGAGAGAGCGCUGCUUCCUUUCUCAUCUGUCUUUCUGUUGCUGGCGUCUUGAUCUGAUUUGUGUUGUUGGUUCUCCUCCUGCCUGUCUGUCUGCCUGUCUGUCUUCCACCUUUACUUGUUGUUCAUAGGAGCUCUGUUAUGGAUAUCAGGACUGUUGUGACCAUCUCAACUCUUUUACUCAUGACUGCUGAAUCCAACCAAUCAACACCUGGGCCAAACAUCACAGAGCCCCCCCAUACUUACAGCAGCACCAGGGGCUGUUCCUGCCCCCCCAUCCCCAGCAGCCCUGCCCCUCCCACAGGCCUCCUGUCCAUCACAUGGAGGAGUCAAUGUGAAGGAGACGUCCAGCUGAUAUUCUACCACCCCGUCAACUCCUCCUCUCCUGUCUGUCAUGGAAGUGAAAAAAACAUCCUGAAUAUUUUGAGAAGUGUGUGUAAGAACCAGCGAGGAUGUAAAAACUCAAUGAGCUGGGUCAAAGGAGAGGAGCAGCAAGGUCAUAACAUCACUGAGAAUGGAGCAGAGGAGAUCAGCUGUGAGACCCUCAGGGUCCGCUGCCCAGUUGAAGUCCUCCCAGAUGUGCAGGGGCAGCUGCAGGCCUACAGAGGGGGGACAGCUGUGCUCUGCUGCCUGCUGCUGGUCCUGGUCCUGAUCCGCUUCACCAGACCCACCGUCAGAGCCCUGCAGAACAGACUAUCUGAAAGGAGGCAGAACCGCUGGAUCGGACCUACGCAGAGUCACAGUGUGGCCUAUCGAGGAAAGACUGCAGUUAAAAUCAAUGAAGGAGAGAAGAGACUUUCCUACCCUGUCAGGCACUCUAAGACUCUGAAUCGCUUUCUGUGUGUCAGCUCUGGAGCGCCUGGCAGUCAGUGACAGCAGAGAGCCCUCAUCUAACAGGAACAGUGACUUCAACUUCUGAUAUCAUUAUCAUCACCAUCACCACCAUCAGCACAAUCCUCAUCAUUAUCAUCACCAUCAUCAUCAUUAUCAUCACCAUCACAUCAUCAUCACCAUCAUCAUCAUUAUCAUCACAUCAUCAUCAUCAUCACAUCAUCCUCAUCCUCAUCCUCAUCAUCAUCAUCAUCCUUUGCAUGCCCCUACAUGUGGGCUAAACAUAUGUUUAUAUAAUAAUAAUAAUAAUAAUAAUAAUACAUGAGACUUGUAUAGCGCUUUUCAGGAAACUCAAAGACGCUUUGACAGAGAAUGACCAUUACUGUCUGGACUGUAUCUAAACUUAAUUUAGUUACCCUUGUUACAAAUGAAUCUGAAAAGAACCACUUUAAGUUAUGUCCACCUGUCAGAGGUUAUAUUAAGAUAUGAAAUGUUCACAGAACCAUGCAACAUUUUGGAAAGCCACUUAGCAGUUAGCCUUUGAGCUAAAGCUAAAGGCGUCAGGGGCCGCAGAGCCAGGUGACUUGAAUGGUGAUUAGCUUUUUCGCAUACAAAGUACAACAUCAGCUUGCUCUUUAGUUUUUAGAAGGUGUAUUUGAAAAAAAAAGAUUUGCAGUCCUUGUGGUAAUAUUGACUGAACACGUUCCGUACCUGACGGAACAGCAAAAAAAGAUCAUCUCAGUGUUCCCAAAAUGUUGGAGUAAUCCUUUAAUUAAACCAUGAAAUAAAAACUAUGAUAUUGAUUCAAUGUCAUAUGAGUGACUUACACU